GACUCACCAGUCUGAGCAAGAAAUUUCUCGAACAACACCUCCCACUUUGCUUGCAUAGUCCCUGUGUUACUUCUCUCUGAUCUUCUGUGCAAACUGCUCCAAACACUACAACCUAUUGACUGUUGCCAUGAAUGUCAAGGCUCUUCUGCUGCUUCUCACUGCAUGUAUGGUCAGUGGAGGUGAUCUUCCCAGGGCCGUAUGGCAGUUUGGGAAGAUGAUCAGUUGUGCCCAGCCUGGUGUUAAUCCUCUGGCUUAUAAUGAAUACGGCUGCUGGUGUGGUUUAGGUGGGUCUGGAACUCCAGUGGAUGAUGUGGACAGGUGCUGUGAAGUGCAUGAUAAAUGCUAUCAAAACAGCAGAAAGCUUCCUGGAUGUGACGGUGUUCUGGAUCUUCCAUAUGUUCUCGUGUAUAGUUUCAGCUGCUCAAACAAGGAGGUACAUUGUUCAGCAGCUAACAAUAAGUGCCAGGCUGCAGUGUGUGAGUGUGACCGUGAGGCGGCUCACUGCUUUGCUUGGUGCACAUACAACCCUGAGAACAAGCACCUGGAUCCUAAGCUCUGUGCCAACUGAGACACGUCGAACACAGAGCACAAAAUGUUUAACACAACUGCCAGCUUUUUAAAUAGUGACUAUAAAACAAAAGAUGUUUGAUUAUGAUUUCUUUGAAGGAAAUUAUUUGAAUAAACCAUGUCAGCUCA